GUCGACAACUUUCAAUGUUGUUUUUUCUGCAAAUAUAUUUGGGAAAUAAUCAAAGUCAUACAAAAACCCAACUAUCGUGGCGUUUCAUACGGAUAUAUUUCUUUGGGCGUUGUAUGGCUUCAGAAUGGGCUAUUUAUCGGACGGCUAACAAUGUAAUUAUAAUAAGCACUGUACCGUAUACGGUACUGUACGUGUACGUUGUUUAUGGUAGGAAAUUCCUCUUGUUGUCUGGGCUACUAUCGUCAUCUGAUUAGAAGAAAAAAAGAGAUUAAGUGUACUUUCCUCAUUUUUAUCAUGACAAAUGCAGAUUCUUACGGCACAAAAGAAAGGUGUAAAAUUUCUAAAGAGGUUUCUCUGAUCUGUGAUGCUCGGUGAGAUCUGUGACCAGAGCCCAUUGGAUCUGUCUUUUUGUUCUUCUCAAGACAGAGUUCAGAGAUUGAAUAUAAUCUUUGUAUGAGCAUGCUGGGAAGUCAAGCAUAUCGCAGCACCUGAUGAACGGAAGCAUUCAAGCAAUUAGAUCUCUCUUUCUCCCCUAUUGAUGAGCUCAAAUUGUAAAAAAAUUGCUAUCCAGGGAGAAAGCAGCAAGAAAGAAACUCUGAAUGAUCUGAUUUCUGCCACACCUUAUAGAUGUUCCUGCCCUGGCCUGAAACUCUGAUUUUGCAGAAAUGCAAAGACACCUCAUGCGGGAGAUGCUCGUCUAUGUAGUUCCAUAGACAUUUGUUGCACCUGUCUCCAAAUCCAUGUGCUCUACAAACGCUGGAAAACAAAACGUUCAGCUGCCCAACUAGUUGGCAGUUGUGACCUCUACUUUUACCAGAAGAUAUAGAAGUAAAUGAUGGGCUGCUUCACAUCAGGAAUUUUCUGUUUGAUUAGCUGAUGUCGAAAGCAAUACACCUUGAUGCGACGUACCUCUAACAUAAAUCUACAAAGACAUUUCGUACAACUCAUUACUUACAACUCAUUGCCAAAUUCAUCAAAAUUAAUUUACGUUCAUGUUAUAUUAGGAAGCAGUGCAACUUGCCAGGGAAUUGGAGUCUUGGUUGCAUCAUUUCAUCGCAUGAUCAAAAAGUCAUUGUUGAAAGAUUCUGGAGAGCUGUCAUCACACGGGAAAGAAAUGCACCUAUCUUCAUGUUUUGGCUAAGAGUGAACAGGACAUGAAAAGAGGAGUAAACUACAACUCAGUGAUGCCAGUUGAUGCCCGUGCUCAAGCUGAAAGAAUUUGCAAAAAAUUUCUUGAUUGAAUAUUCAGUUUGUAUGUCUCUGAUAGAUAAAUUAAAGAAAGUAUGUGGAAGGAGAUACAUGUGCAUAUGUAUAGAAAUUGAUGGUUUUUAUUUCUAUUUUUAAAAAAUGCACACACUGCUACACACUCAGAAAAAAACAAGAGGAAGUUUGUUUCAGACAAUUUUAGGUGGCUGCUGAUAUAUCGUUAAAGGGUUACUAGUAGUUAGGAGACUGCAAUUAAUGAAGAAUAAUCAAACAUUGACAUUCAAUUAUGAUUAAUUUAAUAAACAAAGACUAAAUGUAGAACCGGUACAUGUCCGUAUACAUGUAGAUUGUGUGCUAGUGUGUUUUGAUCAUCAAUAUUUAUUGUGUCAUAUCAUUGCCAAAUAUAGAUUAUUAGAUAUAAAUGGGUCAUAUAUAGAUAUCUUAUUUGAUCUAAAGUAUUUUUUUAGUGCAUAUUAAAAGGUUCAGUUUCCUGUUGCAUUGCUAUUUGUACAUGUGCACCUGUUUAAUUAUCAUCAAUUGUGUUUCAUACCAGUGCUGUUGAGGACAUAAAAAAGUGCCAUAGAAAGAUUUCUAUUUUUGCAGUAAGGUAUUUCUUAUUAGAUUGUAUGCUUGUUCAUGUGGUAUGAAGAAAACGUAAUCAUACCUGUAAUGAUAUGAAUUUUCAUUUGCUGUUGAUCUUAUAUGAAGAUCAUAUAUCUCCUGUUAUUCUGACAUGUUAAAGCCCAGAUUGGACAUUUAGGACACUGUUGUUGGUGCUCCAAAUAUUUAUACAUGCAUGUACCUUGAGUGGACAAAAUAAUUCCUCUAUGAAUAUAUGUUUACAUCUCAGAAAGUUUGGACAGUAAAAUCAUGGCACUAAUUAAGGUAGUCUUGAUAUAAAUGCAGAAAUAGUUUUAAAUAUUUUCAAUCAAUACUUCUGAUUUUUUUAAUUCUAAAUUCAAGUAUAUGUAGAUGAAUUCUACACUUAUUUGGCACAAAGAGCUCUAGGAAGAGUGCAAUUUCCACCAUGGAUAUCCAGUUUAUCCAUUCUGGAAAGUGGCUAUGAAAGUUAACAUGUUUUGUGGAUAUGAAGUAUUACAUUUGUUCAUUGUAUACCUGUACGUGAAGGUAUUCCGUGUGCUAAACCCAACAGGGGGUCUCAUUACCCCCCAAGUUAAGUACCUGUUGAGAGAGUGGUCUUGUGUUCACUAAAGAUGAAAAAGGGAAGAAAAUUCUUUCAAAAAUAUGUUUUUGUGAGAGCCAGUGAUUACAUUGGACAAGUACAGAGUAAAAAUUGAUUAUGAAAGAUGUCACUCUUGCCAUUGUGAGACAUUAACUGAGAGGAAUGAUCUUUGACUUGUGGAGCCCGCUUCUGAGAAGUUUGCCAGUCGGAAGCAUUCCGGUGCCACCACCUCCUGUCGCCAUGGAGACCACAACCACUGCCACCACCACCACUGCACUCUUCUCAACGGCUGCCUCCACGGAAUCCACGGUGUCAACAAGCAGUUUGCCAUGGGAGCUGACUACUGACGUUUCUACUAUGUCUCUGGGCAACGACUCUAACACGAUGCAGCCUGAGCUGCCAAUGGGGCUAGGUGCAGUCAUCAUCCUCAGCAUGGCUAUGGUGUUGAUGAUCAUGAUCGCUGUGUUAGGGAAUUGCAUUGUGUGCUUGAUUGUGUACCAGAAGCCAGCCAUGCGAUCAGCCAUCAACCUUCUCCUAGCGAACCUUGCCUUUGCCGACAUCAUGAUUGCCGUGACCUGCAUGCCAUUCGCGCUCAUUGUCCUCGUGCUAGGUGAGUGGAUACUAGGUGACAUCAUGUGCCAGAUAACGGCAUUUCUGUAUUUUCUCUUCAUCUCAGAAGCCACAUUUAUUCUUGCCACGAUAUCGGUGGAUCGGUACUUCAUCAUCGUCCACCGCAAAGACAAGUUGAAUCCGCACAGGGCCAAGCUUCUGAUACUUCUGUCCUGGUUCUGUAGCUUUGUGGUUGCGUUCCCGCCGAUCAUCGGCUGGGGGGAGUAUGCCUUCCCCAGGGGGCCUGGACCUCCCCAGUGCUGGGUAGAAACAGAUGGGUUGGCGGACAAAGUAUAUUACAUCAUCCUCAUGUUGGCUGUGUUCUUCAUCCCCUUCGUGGCGAUGCUCUUCGCGUACUUCUUCAUCCUCAACACAGUGAGACGCAACUCGCUGCGGAUACAAAACCAUCCCGAGUCGCUCAGCAUAAGCCAGGCCACCAAGCUCGGUUUGGCCGGCUUACACAGACCCUCCCGUGUCAAUGUCGACAUGAGCUUCAAGACGCGCGCGUUCACCACCAUCUUGCUGCUCUUUAUCGUGUUCGUGGUCUGCUGGGCGCCGUACGCCAUCAGCGGAUUAGUCUACCAUUUCUCAGUUCGGACAGGAGGUGACGUCAUGCACACCAUAGUGCUGUGGCUCACGUACCUCAACUCUGCGUUCAAUCCAAUCAUUUACUGCUGGCGUAUAAAGAAGUUCCGGGAAGCGUGCCGCGAGCUGGCGCCAAAGACAUUCAAGCUCUUGCCACACCUGCCAGGAAGGACAAGACGCAGGAUCAGACCAAGUGCAAUGUACGAAUGUAAUCAGCAAUCUUCAGUAUGACAUGCCAACUCGUAGAUAGGUUUACAAAAGAGUAUUAGAUCAGAUAUUGUCUGUAACUGUAUUCAGGAAAUGAAAUUUUAAUUAUUGUCAAUUGAUAUUUUUUAUUUGUGUUUUGGAUAAAGUGAUGUGAUAGUGUGCUACUACUUCUAGUGCUACAUGUACCCAAUUUUGUGUGCUUACAUACAUGUACUAUUAACUAUGCUGUAUCUGAAAAGAUUAUAUAUUCUACCAAGAAAAGAAUUUACAUUCCAAGAUUUCAACAAGUUUACUUUAUAAUAUAGUCAUUGCCAGGACAAACAUUUUGCCAUAUUUGUAUGUAUUCAACUCAGCUAGAUUCAAUUUAAACAACUCAAUAUUCUAACAUACACUCACAUGUACAUGACGUGUAUUUUUUAGUGAAAUAGCACAGACAUAACAAUAGUUUGAGUAGCAAAGAGCUACUUAAGUAGUAUAAUGCGUCCAGAGUAUAUUUGUACAAACAAAUUUUGUAAAAUUUUACUCUGAACUACGUUGUUUGUGUGAAGUUUUAACCUCCAUUUUUUAAAAAUUUCAUUUCAUUUAUUUUCAUAUUCCUCAUAUACAUUUCAAAAUAAAGUACCGUACAAGUUUUUUUGUUUGUGAUGAAAUUACAAUUAAUGAUACAUACAUAAAUAAUAUAAAGAUAAAGUGGUCAAUAUAGAGUACUGAUUUAACUGAGAGGAAUAUUAUAAGACCUACAGUACUUGAAAGCUAGCUUGUAUUGGGCUGUAGGCCCCCAUGUACAGUGUACGUGUACAUGUACUGGUCUAUUUAAUUUAUCCAUGUGUAAGACCUUGCAUUUUUUCCCUCUCCCGUUCAAGUUUCAAAUUAACACCCAGCAUGUUUUAAUUUUGAAUUUAAUUGCAAUUUUUUUAAGACACUGUUAAAAUAGCAUUAUUAUGCCAAAUGUGUGACUAUAGCACAGGCUACUGUAUCUUGUAUGGGCGCACUUGGUCAAAAAGGAGAUAAUUUGUGUGUUUUUCUGCACAAAGUCUGCUACUUGUCUACUUGUUACUUUCAUAUGAAUUGCACCUUGAUUAGAAAACAAAAGUGAUAUUUUCUGUACAGGUAUUCCAUAUUCCAAAUGCACAGGUAUGUAAUGUAUACACCUUGAUUGUUAGUUAUUGAUUUCUUAACUGCCUGUCUGGUAUUGGUGCCUGAUGCAGGGUGUCCUCUCUUCAAUUAAAGGGAUAGCUGUCUGCCUAAUAUAUUGUGUUUAGAUAAAAUAGUAUUCAUUACAACCCAGUGACAUGGAUUUAUUUUAUAUAAAUUUGUCCUUUUCUUCCUUUGAUUAAAAAAUAUUCUGUGCGGAGGGGGGGGGGGGGGGGGAUCCAUUGCCCCCUUUAUUUGUUUGUGUUUAUGUAAACUGACAUCUCAUCUUUUCACAUUGGUUAUUGAAGGUCUGCGAGUGUCAUAUCUUAGUGUACAGUUGUACUACUUCUUAAACAAAAAAAAUAUGAGCCUUGUCAUUUGCUGUUUGAAACCAUCACCAACACCAAACAAGAUAUCAAUCUUGAAUUUCUUUCAAAUUGUUCAGGUUAUUUUGAUGGAUAAACAUUUACAGACAUCCCAAAGGUUAUUGCCAACGUGUUAUUAUCAAUACAUUUUAUAUUUUGAAAUCCGCUGGACUAAUUUUAAGGGCAUCCUAGCAGGGUUUGAGCAAUGAUUUGAAAUGUGAGCCCCAUUGCAUAAAGCUCGCCAUUAAAGGUAACUCUCAUGAAAAUCUUGAUUUGAUUGCAGGGCUAUUGAACGAUGUUGCCAUGGUAAUUGAUAUCAAAGGCAAAGUUACCAUGGGUGGUAAGGUUAAUCCAACGGGACCUAAGUUUGAGGGAGUUUUGCAUGUUUAAAGACCUUUGUUUCACAUGAUAGCACUAAUUUACAUUUUUGACAUUUCAAACCUGAAAUAGGGUAGUCUCUGGUUUUUGGGUUGAAUAUCAAAGUGGCUGAAAAUCUCCUCUUUUUUGGACAUACAUUGUACACUCUAUAAAUAACUAUUGUGUGGAAUGCUGUUUUUUUGUGUGUGGAUGUCUCUUUUUCUAUAAAGAAAUUUACUUAAUGGCAGGCAUAAAUGUACAUCUCAUUGGUGUACCUCUAACAUUCUGCCCCCAAAUAGGAGAGAAAAUCAAAGAAAUCUCUUUUCACCUUGCAAGCUGGAUUUUGCCUAUAGAGUUUCAUCUUGAUUUAUUAUUUUGUGAUCCUUAAAGGAAAAUUCUAACUAGAUAUUUUUGUUUUAACAAAACAAAAAAUAGAGAAACAGAGAGUGUGAGGGAUUUUCGACAAAGUAAAAGAAAGAUGUAAAUUUAACAUUUGUAAUCGAUCAAAUACAAAAUUAGUUAGUACAUGUAUAAGAUAUGCCAUGGGAGCAACUCUCCCAUUUCUUCUACUGAAAUUGUCAUAAAAUAAAUUCCAAAUUAUGAAGGAAUAUAUUGAGCAUAUAUGUGUAAUGGUGUAAUUAAGUGGUUGCUGCAAAGAUAACAGAAAUUUAUUAAGUUUUUAAAACAGAACAAAUGGUAAAGUAAACCAUGGAGGUCCAUGUAUUGAAUUUGUUUAAUUAAUGACAUUUUUCAGACGUAAUGUUCUUAUUUUUUGUCAGAUUUGCUUAAACUGUUGCUGAUCUGUUUAUUUAUUUAUGAGCUAAUGCUAGAGGACUUACAUUUAACUUUGAGCUUGUAUAAAGUUGAAGGAUUUUAAAUCAUCUAUUGUCGGUCUCUUAGACGCGACUUGGGUAUUAUAUAAGUAUUCAGUACUGUGCUAUUGAUCACGGCUUCAGAAAGUCUUACCUAUAGAAAAUUUGUGAAUUAUUAGCAUUCCCUACCUAUACCUCUGGUUAUUCCUCAUGUAACAUUGUUCACCUUUUCAAAGUAUAGGGCACAUAUCAUGAGGCCAAUAUAAUGUUUAUAUAUUUUUGUAAGAGACUGAGAACAACUCAUCUUUUAUGUCUUCAGUAUUCAUUCUUUGUGUCAUUUUAUGCUUAUAGAUAUUUGUUUGUGUAAUAGGAGUGCAGUAUACAUAUAAUCUAAUUAGAUACAAAUAUACAUGUAGAGUGCUAUGAUACAAUUAUUUUUCUAAAAAUUCUAUCGAUCUUGAACAAAUUUCUUGUUUUUGUCGUUGUUGCUGUUCCUUGCACAAGUAAACCACUUUGUUGCUGCCUACAUGGUUUUGAUGUAAUAUUUCUUUCUUCUUGAACAUACUAUUUACAGGAAAUAAUCAGAAAAUAUGUUGUAACUGCACAAGUAAUUCCAAAGUGUUGCUGCAUAUUUCACGACCUUACACAAUAUGCGGUGUAAUCACAGAGAUGCUAACCUGACAUUCCCAUACAGUACUAUCAUAUUUGACGUUGUUAUCAUUGAAAAGCCUGUAUAUUUCCCCCUUACAAUGAUGCCCUGUUUGUAAUGAUUAUGUAAGCAUACUCAAAGACUGUGCAGAUUCACCCGAAUAUGGGGCCAAGUCAUAAGUUACAUGUUGCAAAAUGCUUUGUUAUUGUCAAUACAUGAUUAAUCCUCCAAACAACUGAAGAAUUCACUACUGACGGUAUGACUUUUGAAGGCUUUUCAAUGAUAAUAAUGUCAAGAUUGAUCAUAUACUGUACUAACGAGAGAGAUAUCAACACUAAAACUUGAGUUGCAGAACUUUUUUGAGGGGUUUAUUUUGUUUAUUGUAUUUGCUUCUGUUGUUCAAUUGAGAACCAAAAGAGCAUUAAACGCCUGUAUGUAAAACAGCAGAAUUAUCAAAUCUGAGGCAAAAAAGAAAUAUUUAUAACUUUGUCAAAAAACAGUAAAUGCUGAAUUGAUAAAUCUUUUAUUUUGCCUUCUAAUCUACUUUCAAAUUUGGUACCAUAAUUUUAGAAAUUCAUUAAUUUGUCGAUGGGCUAGCUCACACAAUAAAUGUUCUCUCGCAGCACAUACAGAACGCCUAAUGUGGACAAUCUCAUUAAUGUUUGAAAUUGAGAAUUUUGCACAUUUUUGUUCAGCUAUAUUACAGAAACGUUUAUGCCUCACAAAUGCUUGUCCUUUUAAUUCAGAAAUACAAAAUAAUCUAUCGCCAUUUCUGUAACAGUAUAAGCGUCAAUGUUCUUCAUAUACCUGUUUUGUGAUUUUUGUUAUAGCCAGUGUCAAUUGUAUCUAUAUAUUUUUUUAAAUGUAUGUUGAAGAAAAAAAAAUCAAAGUACUAAAUUUUAAUCAGAUGGACCCUAUGUCGUAAUGUUCCAUCAAUACAAAGGAUAUUUAUGGUGUAUCUGACUGAAUAUUUAAAAUUUGUAUCCCCUAAGGGACAUCAUUUUCUUUCUGAAUGUACUAUUUGUAUACUUGUACAAAACAGAGAAUAAAUGUACUAAAGGUACACACGAUAUGGUA